CACGCGCAGCUUGUCGUUGCAGCCGUUGGUGUCCUACCAGCAUCUGUUCCUCUUUUUGGAGCAGACUUAUGUUUCGGCUACAUCGGCUCCCAUCGGGAAUAAUUUGUGCACCACUUUCAUUUUAAUCACCGCAACGUUACCGCGAGAGCGUAAAUGCGCAUCGCUCUGCGCAUCUUUGAAUCUUCAGAACUACACUGUGGACAAUCUCCCUGACAUCCCAAGACCUCUCCCCCGCAAUCCGAAGAGGCUUCUUCAACCGCCUAUGGCCGCAUAUCGGCAUCCCUGAGCCGCUGGCCUCGACCUCGGACCUCUCACCCACCGCUGUCCUCAACAAUUAAGAAGACAUCUACAAACAUUUUUUUUUAUUUUGUCAUCCUCGGCGUUCUAUUUUUAAAGAACCCGGUGCUAUGCUGGGCCCAUCUCUCUAGAUCUUGUGAUUAAAACACGAUCUCUCCUCCCACAUUCGUCCGACAGAGACCCUGGUACUCUCGUCGAGCCCCGACGAUGCAUCCUAACGCAGUGAUGCUGGCGGUGGUCCUUCUGGGGAACUUGAUGCUGCCCUUCGUGUCGGCGCAAAACGCUGGGUUUGUGAAGUCGCCAAUGUCUGAGACUAAGCUCACGGGGGACACCUUUGAGCUGUACUGCGACGUGAUCGGUAACCCCACCCCAGAGAUCCAGUGGUGGUAUGCUGAAAUCAACCGAGCUGACUCCUUCAAGCUGCUGUGGGACGGAGCCCGCAAGCGUCGGGUAUCCAUCAACACCGCCUACGGCGCCAAUGGGGUUAGUGUGCUCGGCGUCACGCGCCUCACACUGGAAGACUCUGGGACCUAUGAGUGUCGGGCUAGCAACGACAAAAGACGCAAUGAGCUCCGAGAAAACCCUGCCAACACCUGGAUCCGGGCCCAGGCCACCAUUUCAGUGCUACAGAAACCAAAGAUCAAUGCCACUGAUCAGAUCAUCCUGUCAGCGGACAGCGCUAGCAAACCAGUUACCCUGCAGUGUAACCUCACCACUGCACAUACCCCGCACCAGGAAAGCUUCUGGAUGAAGAACGGAAAGGAGAUCACCAAUACACGGACAGAGCACAGGAGCACGUUGUACAGAAUCACUAAGCCACGGGCAGAUGUCUCUGGGGAAUACAUGUGUGUUUACACAUUUAGCAUGGCUCCAAAUGCAAAUGCAACAAUCGAAGUAAAAGCAAAACCUGAUGUCACUGGCCACAAGAGGAGUGAGAAUAAAAACGAGGCGGAAGAUGCAAUGAUGUACUGCAAAUCCGUUGGUUACCCACAUCCCACCUGGGCAUGGCGUAAAAUGGAUGGCACAUCCUACACGGACAUUGACAACUCUACUGGACGCUUCUUCAUCACUAGCAGAGACAACUACACAGAGCUCAACAUAAUUAACCUGGAUAUAAAAACAGACCCUGGAGUAUACCAGUGCAAUGCCAGUAACGUGAUUGGAAACACUGCUCAGACCACAAUACUGCGGGUGCGCAGUCACCUUGCGCCGCUUUGGCCCUUCCUUGGUGUGCUCGCAGAAAUUAUCAUCCUUGUUGUCAUCAUCGUUGUAUACGAGAAACGCAAGAAGCCCGACGACUUUAUUGAUGAUGAUGAACCAGUGGGACCAAUGAAAACAAAUUCAACAAACAACCACAAGGACAAAAACAUUCGCCAGAGGAAUAUGAAAUAAGCAAUUUACUCAAAUGAGAUGGCUAAACUGCGUUUUUGGAUUACAAGAAGGUGUCAGAGGUGGUUGGAGCUCCAGGCAGUUUUGAAAAAAGCAUAUCUUGUCUCAUUUUAUGAGAAACAAUAUCAGCAUAACACUGGCAACAAAAAGAACAUAAUGGCUGUCUUAAGCAUGCCUUAUUCAGUCUUAACAUGGAGAUUACAGGAUGACGAAUAAUGACUAAAACCACCACAAAGGUGUACACAUUUUUAAUGUGCUGUUUGUGUCUCCUUUAUUGAUUUAAUCGUAUCCUCAGAUGAGGCGAUCCCUUUUGUAUUACAUAUCAUGUACAAUGCAUGCAAGAUGAUUACGCAAUAGGAUACUCAGAAUAGACCUUUUCUGUUGUUAUCCCUCAUGUGGCUUUUUUUGCAUCUAAAAUGACCUAUGUUUUUUAUGGAGUCAUCCCUAUUUAAUAUAUAUAUGUAUAUUUAUAUAUACAUAUAUAUGUAGAGUUAGUUUUAUUCUUGGAAUUUGUACAGCAUAUCAUGGUCAGUUAAAUAAGUUUGAUUUUGUGAAGCCCAAUUUUAACAGAACUUUAAUUGUGAAGCAAGGGCUUCAAAGACUGGCAGUAUUUACAUUUUAUUGAGAGUGAUUACAGAAAAUGACUACUGUGUGUUUAAAUAUCUAAACAAAAAUGAUGUGUAUUAUUUUUAUUUUCUUUCCGGAGUAACUUAGGUGUCUUGUGUAUGUUUAAGUAUGAGUGUUCAAAUGAUAGGAAAUCUGUAAAAAGAUAUUUUUUUUAUAUUUCCCAAUUUCAUUUGUUGAUUUUGAUUUUUUUAUUUUGUUCUCUCUUUAACUGUAUAGCAUGGCUAUAAUCCUAUGCAAUAUGUAUUCUUAAAUAGAUAUAUGGAGGGCAGUUUGUUUUACUCAGUGAAGCUUUAAUAUUGUGGGAAUCACUUGGAAGCGGGCAUAGCAAAAUUCACUGCUGUAGCUGCAUGACUCCUGUUUCAAUACAAUGUACCCAUGUGUGUUGAGGUGGAAAUGGACCUGCGUCAAGGUGGGAACAGAGGGACCAGAGUAUAUAGCCAAGAUCAAACAUAUGAGUGAGACCAAUAUUUUUUUUCUGAAUAAAAAGUUUGAAAUUC